AUGUUGCUGGACACACUGGUUGACACAGAAAGCGAAAUUCCCACCAGAACACCAUUGGAAAUCGAGGUGAUAGCCAGAGCACUAGAUGCUCUCGUCCAGGAAGGCACUGAACUCAGUUUGUCUUCACAGGAGAAGGCUUCAGCAUUGUUUGCAAACCUCAGCUCAUCUCUCCUCCUCAUGGUUGAGGACAAAAGUGAAAAAAACAAGAAAGAAGUACACAGUGCAGCCGGCGCCAUUGUGGUGGGAGUCAGCAGUAUGAUGGACUAUUCUUCCAAUAAAUGCAUUUCUGAUGCCCUUUUCAGUGUACUGGACAAUAUACAAAGCAUAAUGUUGGCAUUUCAAGAUGGCAAUCAGGAGCCAGAUAUAAUCCAGCAAGGCCAUAUCAGUGUGUUUGUCAACAGACGGACACCAAAAAAUGUGCACACGCAACCUAUAAAUAUUCCCAACUCUAUCUGCUCAGCAUUCUCUCUCCCCGCGCUACCAUCAGACACCUUUGUUUCAGGAGAACCAGUGGAUGUGCGAAUGCUGAGUUUAGACAAAGUUCCUUCUGCUAUGAAUGUAGGAGGAAAGGUCAGUGGCAUAGUGGGUAGCCUUUCACUCACAACAAGAGAUGGAUCCGGUAUUCCUGUGGAGAACUUAAGUGAGGAUAUUGAGAUUAUACUGCCAAGGCCUGCUAGAGAGCAGGUGAAGACUACUGUUAUGUUCCUGGGGAACUACAGCACAACAGUCAUAGACGUCCCUUCAGGGAACACGACUCUGGUGUUGAAGAUGGUGCCAUCAACAGAACCUUUACCUUUCAAAGUGUUUCUCGGUUAUAUGGAUUUCCCCACUGAGGCAAAUCAUAUAGCGAUGACACAAAUGCCUAAGGAGGGAAACACAAAAGAGGAGAGAUACACGUGGCUACUCAGCCCCGGGAGUUUAAAAGGAAACACUGGAAAGCACUAUGUUGUGGUGAGGCCCAUAGUUGGUCCUGGCAUUAAAUCCAUUAAUGCCAGCUUAUCGAUUACCCCAAUCACCGCCUCGUGUAAAUACUGGAAUGAAUCACUGUCCGAGUGGUACGAGAACGGAUGCCGAGUUGGAGCAAACACCACACAUUUGGCGACCCAGUGCCUCUGCAACCACCUCACCUUCUUUGGCAGCUCUUUCUUUGUCACUCCCAACCUCGUCGAUCCGUCACGCACUGCUGAGCUUUUUGCAACCUUUGCAGAGAACCCAGUGGUUGUGUGCUUUGUGGGGGCACUCUUUGUGACUUACCUUUUGGCGGUUGUUUGGGCACGGCGAAAAGACAUCCAAGACACUGUCAAGGUGAAGGUGACAGUGCUGGAGGACAACGACCCCAUGGACGAGUACCGUUACCUUCUGAGUGUCUGCACUGGGCAUCGUAUUGGAGCUUCCACUUCCUCUCAGGUAGCGGUGACUCUGCUGGGUGCAGAGGGAAACAGUGAGCCCCACCAUCUGAUAGAUUCAAACAAACCUGUGUUUGAAAGAGGUGCGAUGGAUAUGUUCCUGAUAACUACACCCUUCUCCCUUGGCGACCUGCAGGGCAUCAGACUGUGGCACAACAACUCAGGGAGCCAUCCUUCCUGGUAUGUAGGCAAUGUGAUGGUGCAGGAUUUCCAGACGGAACAGAAAUGGUAUUUUCUUUGCAACUCCUGGCUGGCGAUCGACACCGAGGACUGUUGUCUGGAUAAAGUUGUUCGUGCUUCAACAGAGGAGGAUCUAAAGAGGUUCAGUAAUUUGUUCUUCAUGAAGACAACAAAGGAUUUCAGUGACGGACACCUCUGGUUCUCUGUGGUCAAUCGACCAGCAAGCAGCACCUUCACUUGCGUACAGAGAGUAUCCUGCUGCUUCUCCUUGCUGCUCUGCACCAUGCUGACCAGCAUCAUGUUUUAUGGGAUCCCUACAGACCCAUCUGAGCAGACUAUGGACCUUGGUCACUUUGAGUUUACCUGGCAGCAGUUCAUGAUUGGAGUUCAGAGUUCCCUCAUUAUGUUUCCAGUGAACAUCCUUAUAGUCAGUAUCUUCAGAAACACUUGUCCUCGGGAGACGUCCUGUUGCCUGCGCAAAACAAAGAAGCCAAAAGCCCUUGAGAAGGACAACACUUUGUUGACUGUUUCCUCACAGACUGCUACCAACACUAUGAAUGCCAAUGCCACUUUAGACACCAUCAUUAAGAAUAUCACAAGAACUACGCAUACACUCUCUAAGAACAUAAAAAGCAACAUCCUAUGCACGGAGUCCGACUUUGGGCCUGGAAAACAGACUGAUAUCAAUGGUAUCCUUUCCGUGGUGGAAGACUUCAUCAAACAGAACAACAAAAGCAGUGACAACGUCACAGCAAAAGCGCAGCCUCAACUACCAGAAAGCAGCGCCUCUGUGCACCCUGCGCCAACGGAGGAGUGGAUUCAGAAGAAGAGCAACAAAAGCCAGUAUCUGUACAGGCAACUGUGUCACAUUGACAAGGAGCUGAGUCUGCUGGGUCCCUCCAGCUUUCCCACUCCCAACAGCUACAGCCGGGCGCUGCAGCAGGUCCAGGGCAUGAAGGGGUUCCUCGAAGAGCAGCUUUUCACAUCCAACUCUGUUGUCCAGGAUGACCUUAGCAACAAAAAGGUCAGUCCAGCAGACAGCUCUGAUGAUGACAGCAGACAUAAAAAAAGGCUUUGCUGUCAUGGAAUGCUGCCCUGGUGGUUUAUUUUUGUCGGCUGGCUGCUUGUGAUUGCCACCAGUGUUGUGUCGGGAUAUUUUACGAUGCUUUACGGGUUGAAUUUUGGGAAAGAACGCUCCAUUAGCUGGUUGGUUUCCAUGAUUGUCUCGUUUUUUCAGAGUCUCCUCCUCAUUCAGCCACUGAAGGUGCUGUGUAUGGCAGUCUUCUUCGCACUUAUAAAAAAAGUCGACGAGGAAGAUUUUCAAAAUGUGGCAUUUGUGGGAAAUGACAGAAAUCCAGGUGACUGCAAGGACCAACAGAUAAUCAGACGGGAUGCUGGCCUAUAUGCACCACCUCCUCCUGCAGAUGUUGAGAAGAUGAGAAGGAACAGGAUUUUAGAACAGAAAGCCUUUGCUCUCCUCAGGGAGAUUCUGAUCUACAUGGGGUUCAUGUGGAUGUUGCUGCUGGUGGCAUACGGCCAGAGAGAUCCCAAUGCUUUCUUCCUGAACAAGCACAUUCGGAAAAGCUUCAGUGAGGGGAUCUCAAACAGCAUGAGUGUCGGGGCUGUGCUCACUUGGUCGAACAAAUCUCUGCUCAAGAAUCUCUAUGGAGUUUAUCCAGGAUUCAUCACAGAUGGGAACUCCAAGCUGGUGGGUAACACCCGUCUCCGUCAGCUGAGAGUGCAGAAGAACUCCUGUCAGAUUGCAGACUCCAUGCUUAAGUUCGUACCAGACUGUCAUGCUCCAUAUUCAUGGGAGGUGGAGGACACUGGCUCCUAUGAACUUGGCUGGAAUCCCUUUGUGAGCAAUAAUAUCUCUACCAGCACCUCUAGUCCCUGGAAGUACCAGACACAGGCUCAGCUUAGGGCUUACCCUUUCUGGGGGAAAACAGUGCUCUACAGGGGAGGAGGCUUUGCAGUGGAACUUGGCCCAGAUUUACAACACGCCAGCAGCACCCUUGAGUAUCUGUUCAGGAAUAAAUGGCUGGAUAUGUACACAAGGGCCCUCUUUGUCGAGUUCACCGUUUAUAAUGCAAAUGUGAACCUCUUCUGCAUUGUCACACUCUUACUGGAGACCACAGCUGUAGGAGCAUUUCAGUUCCAAAGCAAGCUGCAGAGUGUUCGUCUCUACCAGUCCAGUGGUGGUCUGCACAUCUUCGUUAUGGCUGCUGAGAUCAUUUAUUUGCUUUUCAUCCUCUAUUACAUGUUCCUGCAGGGCAAAUUAAUGAAGCAGCAGCGAUGCGCUUACUUCAAAAACAAGUGGAACCUUCUGGAGCUGGCUAUCAUCCUGCUGAGCUGGAGUGCUUUGGCUGUCUUCAUCGUGAGGCGCCUACACGGGGACCGUGAAAUAAUCUACUACCAAAAUCACAAAGACCAGUUUGCCAGUUUUUAUGAGACGGCCAAUGCAGAUUCACUCCUUCAGUAUCUGAUUGCCUUCCUGGUCCUGCUCGCCACGGUCAAAAUGUGGCACCUGCUCAGACUGAACCCCAAGAUGAACAUGAUCACGGCUACCCUGCGGAGAGCCUGGAGCGACAUAUCCAGUUUUCUUGUGAUCAUUGUGAUCAUGUUGGUGGCGUAUUCUGUAGCAUGCAAUGUGAUUUACGGCUGGGAGAUGUCAUCUUAUAAAACUCUAGCAGACUCUCUUCUGACCAUCAUCAGUUUGCAGAUCGGCAUCUUUAACUAUAACGAGGUGUUGAACAACUCACCUGUGCUCGGUGGAUUCCUCAUUGGCUCCUGUAUUGUGUUCUUGUCGUUUGUGGUGCUCAAUCUCCUCAUUUCAGUGAUCCUCGUCGCAUUCAACCAGGAGCAAAUAUACCACAAGCCCUCGGAGGAGGAGGAGGUUGUCGAAGUGAUGCUGAGGAAAAUCUGCAGUCUCUUUGGGAUCAAAUACAAAGCUACAAAAGACACCCCGAGGCCUGGUGUAAAUGGCAGCAGUGGCUCGGCCCUCAAUAACAGCAGGGAUAUUCAUAACGCUCACUCAGUCGACGUCAACAUUUUUCAGACACCUGACAACAAAGGUGCUAGAUCAAGGGCACUUCAGCACGUGGAGGGACUGGGGAUUGAACUGGCAACCUUGUGA